GCCACCCCCAUGAAUAGGUCCAGCACCGCCCAGGAGGCAGUAUCCCACUUCGGGAACCUCUGGGAGGGAGGACUCGCUCUCAGCACUACCUACCUGCCCCCUCCCCACCCCCACCACCGGGAGUUAGCAAAGUGGUGGAUCUUCUUUUGACUGAUGCCGCAGCCAGCCCUCUGCCACUGACCUGGACCAAGGAGACCGAUGAGGACUGGCCACCAUACGGCCAGAGGCAGGCUCCAAGGCUCCUGUGUGCAACCCCAACCAGGAAGGCCGUGCUGAGCAUGCUCUGUGGGUGAUGGCCCUUGCUACACCCUUAUGCAGAAUAAAUAAGAACAAAUGCAAAUGAGCUGCAGUUUGAAAGUGAGACUGCCAGCAUUGGAGAUGAGGAAUCUCGGAGGAGAUAAUGUCUGAGCAGCCCCUUACCGCAAGAGAGGGAAGGAAAGAGCGAGUGCAUUGAAGGCAUGUGAGAUGGCAGGUGCAGAGAAAGACCAGUCUGCUGAGUGUGGGAAGGACGCUCUGCCUUCCCCAAGAAGAGGCAACGUGGAAGAGAAGAGAAUGGCCCCAGUCUUCCUAGCAGCCAGGGCCCACCAGAAAUCGGUGGCCUUCAGAGACACGGCUGUGGACUUCACGCUGGAGGAAUGGGGCCACCUGGACCUUUCCCAGAGGGAGCUGGACCGUGAGGUGACGCUCGAGAACCAUAGGAACCUGGUCUGCCUGGGACUGGCGCUUUCCAAACCUGUGUGAUCUGCCAGUCGGAGCGACAGGGAGUCUCCAAGAGUCGGCCGUGCAGGUGAGCGAAUCCGGCCGGAGGUGAACCGUGGGUGCUUUCCAGACUGGGAGACUCGCCAUGAAUCCAAGGAGUCAACUCAGAAUUUGGGCACUUUCAUGGAAGAAUCAUCUGAGGAAAGACUUAAUAUGAGUGUUCCUUCUGUCUCAGAGUUUCAAGAAGCCUGGGAAUCUGAUGCCAGUUUGACAAAGAAGCAGAACAAUGAGAAGAAAUAUUCUUGGCAAGGAAAAAACAUUCCACAGGAAUUUCUCAGUAAAUGGAGUGGCCAUGAAUAUAAUAAGUAUGGUAGAAACUUCAGUCUAGGGCCAAUCCUUUUUCCACAACAUAGAAUUAGAAAGAGUUUUGAUAAAUGUUAUAUAUACAGAAAGAGCAUCAAACAGUAUUCAGAUGUGAGAAUAUAUGAUAAAAUAUGCUCAAAGAAGCUAUUUGCAGAGAAUAGAGAAUGUCAAGAAAAAUGUGAAUCUAAUUAUUGUGGCAAGGCUUUUAGGCACAUGUCAGAACAUAGGCUAUAUCAGAUGAACCAUACUGAAGAUAAAGAGCAUAAAUAUAAUGAAUGUGGGAAAACUUUCUGCCCAAGAAUCGACCUUACUGAACAUCAGCUAAGUCAUUCUACUCAGAAACCCUAUAAAUGUAAUGAAUGUGGGAAGACCUUUAGCCAAAAGGUAGGACUUAACCAACAUCAGACAGUUCAUACUGGUGAGAAACCGUAUGACUGUAAUGAAUGUGGGAAGGCCUUCCACCUUAGAGCACAGCUUACUCAACAUCAGAGAAUUCAUACUGGUGAGAAACCUUUUGAAUGUGACCAGUGUGGGAAGGCCUUCAAUCACAGCCGAGAACUUAAACGACAUCAUAGGAUUCAUGCUGGAGAGAAACCUUAUCAGUGUAAUGAAUGUAGGAAGGCCUUCCGCCUGAGCAUACACAUCACUAAACAUAAGAGAAUUCAUACUGGACAGAAACUUUUUGAAUGUAAUGAAUGUGGAAAGGCCUUUCACUUGAGUGCACAAAUUGAUAAACAUAAGAGACUUCAUUCUGGUGAGAAACCUUGUAAAUGUAAUGAAUGUGGGAAGGCUUUUAUUCACAGAGUAGAACUUAAACAACAUAAUAGAAUUCAUAGUGGGAAGAAACCAUAUGAAUGUAAUGAUUGUGGGAAAGCCUUCUACUCAAGUACAAACCUUACUCAACACAAGAGAAUUUACACUGGUGAGAAGCCUUAUGAAUGCAAUGAAUGUAGGUUGACAUUCUGGUAUAGUGCAGGCCUUACUCAGCAUAAAAGAGUUCAUACUGGUGAGAAGUCUUAUAAAUGUAAUGUGUGUGAGAAGACCUUUAGUCAUAAACCACUAAAAUAGCAUAAUAGAAUUAACACUGGAGAGAAACCUUAUGAGUGUAAUAAGUAUGGGAAGGCUUUUAGUCAGAAGAUAGGACUUAUUCAACAUCAGACAAUUCAUAACUGGUGAGAAACCUUAUGAAUGUAAUGAAUGUGGAAAGGCUUUUAGUCAGAAGAUAGGACUUAUUCAACAUCAGAGAAUUCAUACUGGUGAGAAACCUUUCCAAUGUGACAAAUGUGGUAAAGCCUUCAACCAUAGCCGAGAACUUAACGACAUCAUAGAAUUCAUACUGGAGAGAAACCUUAUAAAUGUAAUGAGUGUGGAAAGGCCUUCAGCCAAAAGAUAGGGCUUACUCAGCAUCAUACGAUUCAUACUGGUGAGAAACCUUAUGAAUGUAAUGAAUGUGGGAAUGCCUUCUGCCUGAGAGCACAGCUUACUCAACAUAAAAAAGUUCAUACUGGUAAGAAACCUUAUGAAUGCAACGACUGGGAUACUAUUCCACGUGAAAACAGAGAUUAGCCAACAUCAAAUAAUUCAUACUGGACUGAAACUUUAUUACUGUAAUGAAUGAAGACUUUCUUCCAGAGUAAAAUCCUUCUGUAAUAUCAGUUUAUACUAAAA